AGAAAAAUCAAAAUUCCAAUUUUUUCUUGAAUUUGGGGGCUAGGGCACGCACAUCCAGAUUUCAGAUUCCAUUCCUCUCCAUCGCCAAAUCUGUUCUUCGAUAUCUGAGUUCAGCUACUGAGCUCUCCGUCGUCGUUUUCAAGCCUGAUCGGCGGCGCCACGACGGAGCCUUGACUCCUCUAGUCCGAUCUCCGGCGGCGAAGAAUCAAAGAGAAUUUGUGGUUGGAUCGUCAGAAAGAAGUGAGAUGUCGAGGUUCAAUGUGGGCGGGAAAGUGGUUGAUACGGUUGACUUGUUGAGAAAGAGGCAUUGGGCAUGGCGUUUGGAUAUGUGGCCUUUCGCGAUUCUAUACGGAGUGUGGGUGUCAGCUGUAGUCCCCAGCUUGGAUUUCGCGGAUGCUUGCAUUGUUUUGGGCGGCAUUUCUGCAUUUCACAUUCUCGUGUUUCUGUUCACCGUUUGGUCCGUGGAUUUCAAAUGCUUUGUAAAAUUUUCCAAGGUUAAUGAUAUACACCAUGCAGAUGCUUGCAAGAUUACUCCAGCUAAAUUUUCAGGCUCUAAAGAAGUUGUGCCGCUUCACUUUCGGAAGUUGGCAGCUUCUUCUACAUCACCAAGUGCAGAAGAGAUCUACUUUGACUUCAGGAAGCAACAUUUUAUUUACUCUAAUGAGAAACAUACAUUCUCUAAACUUCCGUAUCCAUCCAAGGAAGCAAUUGGGUAUUAUCUCAAGAAUACUGGUUAUGAUACAGAAGCUAAAAUUGUUACUGGUACCGAGAAAUGGGGAAGGAAUGUAUUUGAGUAUCCUCAACCCACUUUCCAAAAAUUGAUGAAAGAGCAGGUCAUGGAACCAUUUUUCGUAUUUCAGGUUUUCUGUGUUGGCCUGUGGUGUUUAGAUGAGUAUUGGUACUACAGUCUGUUCACUCUGUUCAUGCUGUUUAUGUUUGAAUCAACAAUGGCUAAAAGCCGUUUGAAGACUUUAUCGGAGCUUAGACGUGUAAAAGUGGAUAGCCAAAUUUUGAUGGUUUAUCGGUGUGGCAAGUGGGUUAAACUCUCUGGGACAGAGCUUCUGCCUGGGGAUGUUGUAUCCAUUGGGCGCUCUACUGGUCUGGAUGGGGAAGACAAAUCUGUGCCUGCGGACAUGCUUAUUUUGGCUGGAAGUGCUAUUGUGAAUGAAGCCAUUCUGACUGGGGAGUCUACACCACAAUGGAAGGUUUCAGUAGGCAACAGAGGAAAUGAUGAGAGACUAUCAAUCAAACGGGAUAAGGCACAUGUUCUUUUUGGUGGUACAAAAAUAUUACAGCAUACACCAGAUAAGACAUUUCACUUGAAAGCCCCUGAUGGGGGCUGUGUGGCUGUUGUGCUGCGAACUGGAUUUGAAACUAGCCAAGGAAAGCUAAUGCGAACUAUACUGUUUUCAACUGAGAGGGUUACUGCAAAUAGCUGGGAAAGUGGGCUUUUUAUUCUGUUCUUGGUAGUAUUUGCUCUUAUAGCUGCUGGUUAUGUCCUUAAAAAGGGUCUUGAGGAUCCAACAAGGAGUAAAUACAAGCUUCUUCUGAGUUGUUCGUUGAUUAUUACUUCUGUGAUUCCCCCCGAACUUCCAAUGGAGCUGUCAAUAGCUGUUAAUACUUCUUUGAUAGCACUAGCCAGACGUAGAAUUUACUGCACGGAACCAUUUAGAAUUCUGUUUGCUGGAAAGGUUGAUAUAUGUUGUUUUGACAAGACUGGGACACUAACUUCAGAUGACAUGGAGUUUUCUGGAGUUGGUGGUCUGACAGAUAGUGAAGACUUAGAAACAGAAAUAUCUAAAGUGCCUGAUCGAACUUUGGAAAUACUUGCAUCCUGUCAUGCUUUGGUCUUUGUGGACAAUAAGCUGGUUGGUGAUACUCUUGAGAAAGCUGCACUGAAAGGAAUUGAUUGGACCUACAAUGAUGAAAAGGCCAUUCCAAAAAAGGGAGGUGGCAAUUUUGUCCAGAUUGUUCAAAGGCAUCACUUUGCUUCUCACUUAAAAAGAAUGGCGGUAGUUGUUCGUGUUCAGGAGGAAUUUUUUGCUUUCAUUAAGGGUGCUCCAGAAACCAUUCAGGAAAGGCUUAUUAAUGUGCCUGCAUUGUAUGUUGAGACUUACAAGAAACACACCGGGUCUCGUGUUUUGGCUUUGGCUUACAAGUCCCUUCCAGAUAUGACAGUUAGUGAAGCGCGGAGCUUAGAGCGUGACACAGUAGAAAGUGGUCUAACUUUUGCUGGAUUUGCAAUAAGUUUUCAACUGCCCUAUCCGUGGAGACUCAGCCACUGUGUUGUCUGAAUUAAAAGCAUCCUCACACGAUCUGAAAGCGAGAAUGAGGUUGGAGAUUUAUCUGAGAGUUAUGAUCUUUGCAUUGGUGGUGACUGCAUGGAAUGCUGCAGCAAAGCUCUUCUACCCUUAAAGUCAUUCCUUAUGUGAAGGUGCAAGUUACGGCUGUUUAUUUGUGGCUCAGCCUCCCUCCUACUCACUUCCCCUUCUCUUUGAUCAUGUAGUUAUACUUACAUUUGAAAGUGAACUAGUUUGUUAAUUAUAUGCUCAUUUUUGUGUU